AUGUAACUAUUGCCUUGGGUGAAAGAAAGUGCCCACUCAAACUGGCCAAUGGCUGGCUUUUAAUUGGGUUAAACCGUUGGGUGAUUUAAACCUGUUUUUCUUCUUUUCGAGCGGAGCGAGCAGCACUCCGCAGGAGCCGCCGGAGGCAUGAUUAAAUGUUUAGUAUUUAAAAAAAAUAAAAAAAUUUAAUAAAUGAAUAGUACUUAAAAUCAAAAUUGUUGCGGAGCGACGAUUUUCCAGAUAUCAAAUUAGUAAAGUUUUACUAAUUUAAAUUGCUUGCAAUUUGCCGGGUAUUUUAUGCAUUCAGCUCUCGAGGAAGGAAUACUUGACGAGAAGGCCUUUUUUGUCAGCUACCUACCCUAGGUAGGGUGAUUGGGUCUAGUACCUACAUAACUAGUACCUGCAACUAACAACCUAAAGUUGACGCGCUCCAUAAACUGAGUCAUCCACGAUCUUUCCAAAGUUUCGACUUCAAGAGUUUCAAAAGAAAAAGAAGAAAAGAAAGAAAUAAAAAAGGUAGUAAUACAGUACCAGGCUUGAUGGUUUGACAUAAUCACUUGGCUAUAUCACGAUGCAGGCCAUACAUAGUUCCGCGUCCGCUCCCGCCUCCUCAUCAGCUCCCAGCACCGCUCUUGUUCUUGAAUUUGUCUGCCUAUUUACGCGCGACCUUCGCAGGAAGCAAAAGAGGUGGCAGGAUGGGAGGCUCAAGUUCCAUACAUUUAACAAGCGCAUUAUGGUGUAUGAUGAUCGCGGGAACUUUAUAGGAGACACACACUGGCGCGAAGAUUACGACUUUGGCGAUGGAGAAGAGCUCACGCUUGAGCGAGGAGGUGUCAUCGUCCAAGUCGCAGAAUGUGUAGGGAGUCGGGAACAGGACCUCUCUGAGUUGGUUGACAAACGAGCCCAGGAAAGAGCUGAACGUCAGUCCGCGGCUAUCGCACGUCGCCCCCCUAUACCUGAAGCUAUCACUUCACAAGUUGCUGCCCCCCAUUUUCAGUUGCGACACAAACCUCUUCACCAAUUGAUUGGCACCCCCACCGGACACCAUGGGCGUGCGCUCAUUUCCAACGAGUCGCCCUAUGAAGCAAGGCAGAAGCCAAAUCCACUGCCACAGACUGAGAGCCCACGCCCGCCGAAACGCAGAAGGCGAGAACCCUCGCCUCCGAGCAAGAACGGCUACGCACGAAGCUUAUUCGGUGCGGCUCUCACACUAUCAGCAACGCCAACAAGUACUCCGACAAUGCAGAAUGGAGCUGUCUCUUUGGGGCGUGCAGUCGGGAUCAGAGAACAGGAUUUACAACAAAGGAAGAUAGCUGAAGACCUUGUCAUGGAAACCGAUCAUUCACGUCGAUUAUCAGUUACCGAGUUAAGUGAUCCGGAGGUAGAUGGACCAAACUCGCUUCUGGCAAGAGAAAGCCGCGGAAGGUUCAAUGAUAGGUCCUCGGUGGCGCACCUACGGAGCAAAGAGGUUAGCAAGCCCUCUCUAGCUUCUAGGCCCCAAAGCUCGACUCCAGCCACGGGCCCCUUGUCGGAAUCUAGACGUCAGAAAAAGGCACAGACACUAGAGAUCAAUAAAGAGCGCCAAACUAUCUCCCAUGAAUUUCCCAGCGAACCGAGGACGGAACUUCGUAUCAAGCCGAGGAAAAAGCGAGGCCUGCUAAUGAUCACUGAAAGUUUGGGGGGGACGACUAAGAGCCGAAUCGACCGUCAAAAUUCAUCCACUACCUCAGAAUACAGAUCGGACAUGCGCCAUUCUAGUGCCGGUCGUAACGAGGAUACUCCGGAAACCCUAGAUUAUCUUGACCAAACUGAGGCCAUCGAAACAUCUAAACCCAAAGACAGUUCACAAGACGACACUAAUAAAUCUCGUAAAGGCAGCAUGCAACCAACCAGAGAGGAUAAGACAGUAAGAGACAGGAGUGUAGAUGGCCGCUCAAUAGUAAGGUGUGAUGAAGUCCAACAUAUACCUAAUAAAGCUCCUGCUCCCCGCCUCGUUCCACUGGGGCGUAAGGGUAUCCGUAGCAAGGAGAUUAUCGGGUUCGUUUUGGAUGACGAAGAAGCCGACAUCUGCAGUGUGCCUGAGGCACAGUCCAAUAAGAAAAUAGUGGGCGACGAUAGUGUUGCCCCCAAGUUUAUUCGAAAUCCCGACACAGCUACACCCGAUCGGCAUCCUUUGGGGGACCAAGGCCGUUCGGAAUCGGCAUGGAUAAGUACGGAAACAGAAGUGCAAGCUGAAGUAGGCGAAGAUACUACUACAAUAGCACGGCCGCCACCUAAAGGACCUGUGAUUAACCCCGCAACGCGAGGUAAGAAGGCUGCCAAGCCAUCGGAUGCUGCUGGCCAGGUACCGCAAUGUCCUUUGCCGCCCGAAGUGGCAGUUAAGCAACUCUUAGGAUCUGGGGUUCACGGUGCCAAUAUGCGGAACAGGCGGGGGACUGGGUUAGAAAGCCGGACUAAAGGAGCCGACAUUAUACCAAUGCCCGAGUUCUCUAGAGCGAGCGGGGGGGCUUGGAGCAGGGAGGCUCACGACCUCUUUGAAUUCACUCGGCCGCCAUAGAUGCAAAAUAAUUACAUUACCCCUAUAGGUAGCCGGCCAAGUCCGAGAUAAAUACAACU